UCAUUUAGGGUAUUUCGGGUCACCCCGAUUUUCGGGAGUCAUCGGGGUUUUCCAUACACAGUUCCCGUUAAACGUUACAGAAAAACGAAAUAUAUUGCAGUCACGUCCAUCAAGAAGAAUGGGGAGAACUAGAAAGAGGAAGGAAAUUUGGACACCAUCUAAAAGUCCUGCUCAGAAAUUGGCAAAACAAAUAUCAAGAAAGUACAAGUCUCCCCACAAGGUUGCCAGGAAAGCAUUGUAUCAGGUAUUCAAUAAGCAAUUAUCUAUUAGAAAAGCUGCACGGGAACAUAAUAUUUCAUACUCAUCAUUGCAACGUAGAACAAGUGGGUUGGUAGAUGUAGAGAAAAAAAGAGGCCCAGAGACCAUCUUCAACAAGUCUGAAGAAGAAACAAUGGCAAAGUAUUUGUCUGAAAUGGCACAGCGUGGGAUGGGUUUACGACCAACCGAGUUCCUAGAUUUUGUUGAGAACAUAAUGAAAAAUGACAAGAGGAGAAAGACCUUCAAAGAUGGUCGUCCAAGUUGGGACUGGUAUUAUGCAUUUAUGAAACGCAACAAACACAUUGUUCAAAAGCGAAAAGAAACGCCUCUUGAAAUUUCUAGAGCUAAGGUGACUACAGAAGAAGUGGAUGGUUGGUUCCAUAAUUACAGAAUGUUUAUGUCAGACAACCAUUUGAUGGACAAACCAGAAAGAGUAUAUAAUGCAGAUGAAACUGGUUUCACGAUGGGUUCAAAAUCUGGUGAGGUCAUAGGUCCUGCCAAAAAAGUCCAAAAGGAACCAGUCCCACACGUAAGUGGUGGAAGAAGUAAGGAACGAGUCACUGUUAUGUACUGUGCAAAUGCAGAGGGCAGUAUCCUUCCUCCUUUCUUUGUUUUUGCAAGACCAAAACCAACUUCAUAUGACUUGUUAGCAGGUUCGCACAGGAAUGCUCGAGCAGAGUUCACAGAUAAAGGAUGGAUGGAUGCGGAGACUUUCAGGAAAUUUAUUCAUCAUUUGCAUGCACAUGCUGUUAAAGAGAGACCAAUAGUGUUGCUGAUAGACAGUGUUGGAAGCCAUGUUGACAUGGAAUCCUUUUCUGCAGCCAAAGAAUUAGGAAUUGAAAUAUAUCGAUUGGUUAGAAAUGCUACCCACCUCAUGCAACCACUUGAUGUUGGAGUAUAUGGUCCCAUGAAAAAAAGUUGGUACAAGCACCUGAGAGAUCACACCAGGCACCACCCAGAAGACAUGGUGAGGAAGCAAAAUUUUGCCAGACACUUACAGGUUGCUUUCAUGGAUUUUUACAAGCCAGUAACCGUCCAAAAGAGCUUUGCUACAUCAGGUGUCUUCCCUGUAGACAGGUCUGCUAUCUCCGACUUGAGAUUAAAACCUUCCUUGACAUAUGAAGAGGCCACAUUAUCAGUGGAUACCUCUACCGCCUGUACACCAACAUCUUCAAGAGCAACCACAUUUUCCUGCGGGUCUACUGAAGAGCAUUCAGGUUUAGAUAUCCUUGCACAAGCUGCUUCAGCUGUUGAUUAUGAAGCAUCAGGAAAUUUGCCAUCCUCCAUUCAUGAACAAGUUUCACCACUAAUUGUGUCUGCAGUUAAAUUACCUACCAUAAGAACAAAGACGGCUAAAAGGAAAAGACUUGCAGAUGAGCUACCAGACAACCUUACUUCUGAAAAUGGCAUAAGAAUGAUGGGACUGAAAUCACUCGAAAAAGCUAAGAGUUUCGCAAGUAAAGAGAGGAAAGCCCGGGAAAGAUAUCUGAAAUCCAAGGAAAAUGUAAGGAGCAAAGGCCAGAAGACAGGCAAAGGAAAGCAGAGAAAGAAGGUUGUUACAACACAGAUGACAUUAGAAGCGACUCGUUCUGAUAAUCAAGGUCCGUCCACCUCACAUACUGACACCAGAGCAAAGGAGAUUUCAGAAACUGAACGUUGUUUUGUGUGUCAUGCAGAUGAGUCAGAACCAGGAGAUUGGAUACAGUGUGAUUUGUGCCGCAAAUGGGAACAUAUCUUGUGUAUUCCAGCUGCGCAUCCAUGGGACAAAGAUGCAGCUGUUGACGAAUCUGUUGAGUUCAUAUGCCACAACUGUACAUCUAUUUCAUAGAUAUCAUAUGAUAUUUACCUGCUUGUUGCCAACCUCCUCUUGUAUAACAAUAUUAGUGAAUAUCUAUUUUUUUUUAAAGUUUAUAAUCUGGAUUUUUUUCCAAGCCACACAUAAAAUUGUAUAUUUGAAUAUUCUCUGCUUAGUGCAUGACAUUAUUUAUAAUGCAAAGUAUGUUUUAUAUAAAAUAUGAUACAAUGUAAAAUCAAAAUCAGAAUAUAAUCUAAAAGAUGGUUGGGGGGUUAUUAGAUGCAUUAAGAAUAUUCGUUUUCUUAUAAAUCUGUAUGACUGUAUUUUUUUCUUUUACAGGAACCAAACAAGGAGAUAAUUUAUAUCAAAAACUGUGUAAUUAAGGGCUAUCAUGAGUAUAAAGUAAAGCCACUUGUGACAAGUGAUUUGGAACUUCAGGUUGACAGAGAAUAUUCAA